AUGGCAGAGAACGAGCAAAGGUCCCUCCGCUCAGUCUACAGCGACGCCGAGCAGAAACGCACAAGCAUCGAAAACAGCUUCGACUCAAACUCAGCGAGCUUCCAAGACAACCUCACCGCGGCCAUCCAGCUCUACGAAGAAUGCAUAAAGCUCGCCGAGCAAAUCUCACUCUUCUCACCAAACGAAUCCCUCGAAGACAUCGGCACAGCAGACCUUCAAUACCUGCUCCUCCACCACCGAAUAGCAGAGCUCGUACAGAAACUCAACACCGGCUUCGAGCACCGCAAAGCCAACCUCGAACGAGCCCAACGACAUUACGAACGCUACCUCAAACAACUCGACAACUACGACAUCCUCUCGAAAGACGACGCACAACUCCUAGAACAAUACCACGACUCACCCACCACAUUCUCCACAGCCAGCACAGCAGACGCCGCCCUACGAAGAGAAACCAAAAUUCGCAGAUUCAAAGAAGAGAAGUCCUUGAAGCAAAAGCUAGAAUUUCUUCGCCAAAAUCCGAGAUUAGUGCAGGAAGAUGAUAGUCAAGCACGGGAAAUCCAAUUGACGGAGAUUGCGUAUUGUGCGCAUCAAAGCUUUGCGAGUUUGGAAGGGAUCGCGCAGGAACUGCAUAUUCUGUCGAAAGCUCCUCCGCCUGCUCAACCGCAGAAUGGGCAGGGACCCAGCGACACUCGAGAGCGGGAGCGUGCGAGGUUUGAUAAAGGGUACAGGGACCGUCUUGAUGGGCGUUCACAUCUUUCGGCGGGUAUGAAGGGUCCGUUGCUUGAUAAGAGUGGGAAGCCUUUGAGGCCUUUUACGCUGCUUGCAAGGGAUGAGAUGAGGCAGGGUGUUUUUAGGCCGGACCAUAGCUUGCCGACUAUGACGAUUGAUGAGUAUCUGGAGGAAGAAAGGAGAAGAGGUGGUAUGAUUGAUGGAGGUGGAGAGGCAAGUCGGCAGCAGAAGGUGGUGGACGAGGAUGACAUGGAUGCUGCAGAUCAGGCGACGUAUAAGGCAAGGGAGUGGGAUGAGUAUGUGGAAGCCAAUCCUAAGGGGAGUGGAAAUACGAUCAAUAGAGGUUGA